CUGCGUGGCGUGAAAAGGGGAGGGCCUUCGUCGGGACUGUUUUUAUUUAUUUCUUUGUUUCAUGAGCAUAAAACAGCUACAAUGGUGGGUAACUGGAACAAGUGGGGACAUUAGAAUGAGCGGGUGACGUUUCCAGUUGCAGUUCCCAGAGCGAUAUCAACAGAGAAUCAACAGGGGGAGGAUGAAGCGGCGCAAUGCGGACUGCAGCAAACUCCGACGGCCGUUAAAACGGAACCGAAUCACCGAGGGUAUAUAUAGCAGCACAUUCCUGUACCUGAAGUUCCUGGUGGUCUGGGUGUUAGUUCUGCUGGCUGACUUCGUGCUGGAGUUCAGGUUCGAGUACCUGUGGCCUUUUUGGCUUUUCAUUCGGAGCGUCUACGACUCGUUCAGAUAUCAGGGUCUGGCGUUCUCCGUUUUCUUCGUUUGUGUGGCGUUUACAUCCGACAUCAUAUGCCUCCUCUUCAUCCCUGUCCAGUGGUUGUUCUUUGCAGCCAGUACCUACGUAUGGGUUCAGUAUGUUUGGCACACAGAAAGAGGAGUGUGUCUACCCACCGUUUCGCUGUGGAUCCUGUUUGUGUACAUCGAAGCUGCUAUACGGUUCAAAGAUCUGAAGAAUUUCCACGUAGAUCUCUGUCGACCCUUUGCUGCUCACUGUAUCGGCUAUCCGGUCGUGACCCUGGGCUUCGGCUUCAAGAGCUACGUGAGCUAUAAGAUGCGACUGAGGAAACAGAAGGAGGUGCAAAAAGAGAACGAGUUCUACAUGCAGCUCCUACAGCAGGCUUUGCCUCCAGAGCAACAGAUGCUGCAGAGACAGGAACGGGAAGCAGAAGAAGCUGCUUUAGCCAAGGGGAUCUCUGAGGUAGAACCAACAGUCGUUUCCCAAAACGGAGCGCCGCCUGGGAAGAAAAGCUCCUCUGUCACGUUGCCGGAGCUGGAGUAUCGUGAAAAGGGGAAGGACAGUGUGGCUAAAGAGCGCGAGGGUAAAAAACAGAACACAGUGGGGAUCAAUAACAACAGUAUUAUUCAUGCACUGGACUCCAAACUGCAGGAGACAGAAAGUAUAGAGAACUACAUGGGGACUAAGAGACUGAAUAACGACCUGGCUGGGGAGAACUCCCUCGCCGACGGGACAGCUAAAGAGGACAUGGGGGGAACGGGGAAGAACUUCAAAAAUGUGGGCGGGGGCACCAACUCGUCCCCACGGAACCACAGCUCUACAAACGGCAGCCUCCCUUCAGGCUCCUCCACCAAUAAGAACGAGAAGAAACAGAAAGGCUCGGGGAAGGGGCAGAAGGAUCCAGUGGAGAACUGCAUCCCUAAUAACCAGCUGGGGAAGCCAGACACCCUAGUACGGCUGGAGCAGGACAUGAAGCGGCUGAAGGCAGACCUACAGGCCAACAGGCAGCUGGAGUCUGAGCUGCGCAGCCAGCUUUCCUCUCUGAGCAGCCAGGACCGCAGCCUUCGCUCGGAGCUGGGCCAGCUGCGCCAGGACAACGAGCUGCUGCAGAACAAGCUCCACAGUGCCGUCCAGGCAAAGCAGAAGGACAAGCAGACAAUAUCCCAGCUGGAGAAGCGGCUGAAGGCUGAGCAGGAGGCCCGAGCUCUGGUGGAGAAGCAGCUGGCCGAGGAGCGAAAGAGGAAGAAGAUGGAGGAGGCCACUGCAGCCAGAGCUGUAGCCCUAGCUGCUGCAACCAGAGUGGAGUCCACCGAUUCCCUUCGUGGUCGUAUCAGAGAGCUGGAGACGGAGUGUAAGAAGCUCAGCAUGGACAUGAAGCUGAAGGAGGAGCAGAUUAGGGAUCUAGAGGGAAAGUGUCAGGAGCUGCGCAAAUAUAAAGAGAACGAGAAGGACACCGAGGUGCUGAUGUCUGCGCUGUCAGCUAUGCAGGAGAAGACCCAGCAUCUGGAGAACAGCCUCAGCGCCGAGACCAGGAUCAAACUGGACCUGUUCUCCGCUCUGGGAGAUGCUAAGAGGCAGCUGGAAAUAGCACAAGGCCAGAUCCACCAGAGGGAGCAGGAGAUCGUGGAGCUGAAGCAGAAGAUAGCAGAGGUGAUGGCGGUGAUGCCCAGCCUGUCCUACUCGUCCGACAGCAGCAACCUGAGCCCGGUCACCCCGCACUACUCAUCCAAGUUCAUGGACAAUAGUCCCUCCUCCCUGGACCCCAACGCCUCAGUCUACCAGCCCCUGAAAAAGUGACUUUUUUUCCAGACUCAGUGUUUACCCCCCCUCCCCCUUGUUUUUUGCUGUCUCCACUAGUUUGGGUUACCUUUAAGUUUUACCAGCCUUUACCAGCCCCCUCGACAAGAUUUUGCACUUAGCACACAAUGACACACGAAGCUCCUCCAUUUUCUUCUGAGGGUUUUUUCUCUGCUUUGUUCAGAGGUUUUAUUACAAGAGCUCUUUAUUUUGAAGGGGUUGCGUACAAUUGGUUGGCCACAUGUCUACAGACGAGCCAUCACACAUCGCUUCACGUCAGUUCUCCUUGCAGCCUGAACACUUUUCUUCACACCCAGGCGUUUGAUUUAACUCGAUAAACCUCGAUUGGAUUUAGCUGAUGGUUUAAAUGAGAUGAAAGGCAUGUUUUUAGUUGAGUUGAUCUGAGGCUCUCCUGUAAAGUAAAGCCCCGUGAUACAUGAAUGUAAAAACUUCAUGUUUGGAUAUAUCGGAGUUAACUUCAAUUGAUGAUUGUUUCGUAAAGUUUCGGUUCAUUACAACAAUGUGCGUAAAUCUGAAACGGUGAUAUUGAAUGCUGUUCCUCGGAUCCAGUGUUUUUUCUCCUUUUACUGGAAAAUUGAGCGCUCCAGGAUAACCAGUAAGUGGAAGAAUUAGAUGUAGCUUUGCCCUUCGGAGGAUAAAGCUGCUUGAUUAGGCCUGGCACUGCCAAAAAAUUACAUCUAGGUUCCCUCACCUCGCUUCCCUCUUAUUUCUGGACCAAAUUAGGCCCCAUCCGGCCAUCGCUCUCUGGAUUCAAUGAUGUCGAGGUAACUGCCCGUUACCAUAAUCUGCAGAAGUAACAGUGCCUUGCAGAAACCACUUUCUUCUAAAUCCUGGGAUAUAAUAGCACCUCGCUUCAGAAACACACCAACAUGCUUAGCUUUUAUUUGAAUGAUGGAGGGAAAAACUUAUUUGCAAAAAUUUCAAGUUAGUAUUCGAAGGAGAAAAAACACAAAAAAAUUCUUACAUUUUAAAUGUGAGAUGGUUGCAGCUAGACGGCAGCAUUAAGCAGACUAACAUUGGACGUGGUGCAAGUCGCGUCCCGGGCUCGGUGUGCCCGACGCCAACUCAGAUUGUCUCUCAUCGUGCCGCAAAGCCGGCAUCUUGUUUACAACUAUGUACAUUGAAUUAACUGGGGAAUGUUUUUCUUUGCUUAUUUAAUUUCCGUUCUUAAGUGCCAAGUGUUGAUGUUCGGUUCUCAUCCGUACUUUGAUUGAUGUAGCUAGCAUAAAGUGUGCUGUUCUUUUUUAUGUCAUUAGAAUGUCAGACAGAUGGAUAGCGUGUUCUACAAAGCCAACAUCCCAUUUGCUGAUUAUGAAGACUUGAGUGUUCAGCCAGUUUUUGUCAAAGUCUGAUUUUCCUCUCUUUCGGCACGGGGGGAGUCACCAAGUGAUCUGACUGCUGUCGGACUUGAGAUUCCGACUUUUGUGAAGGGCAUGGAGAUCACACUUCCAGUGUGGUAAACAUGGUUUAUAAUUUCCAA